AAUUAUGGCGAACGGUUUGUGGUUUACAGAGGAGGACGUUCGCCAUGAGCUGGAAAAGCUCGGGUUUAAAGACGUGUCCGAUAAAGGGUUACAAAGUUUUAGUGAAGAAUUAAAACAGUUAGUUUUUCAGCAAAAGAAUGACUCAAACAAUACAUCAGACGUCAGUUUGACAGAUAAUUCGACUACAGAUGCAGCCAGAGAUGCAGCAGUGAAAAGUCGUCCAGCGUAUGACGUCACGUCUGGAAGUGAUUCAGAUUCUACUUUAGUUAGUGCAGCAGACCAUGUUGCAGCCAGAAGGCCACACAGGGCUAUUAGCAAGACUGUCAUACGGCGUAUCCCAGAAAAGGAAAACUGGGAUUCAGUUGAUGAGAGGCAACAAACUGAAAAGCAGCAAGUGACAGGUCAUGAUGAGCUCAGCAGCUCCUGUGCAAGUCUUAGUGAGUCCAAAGACUGGCGGCAAAAGUCAAAGUCAAAGUCCAAAAUGCCUAAACGGAUAGUUCUUCGGAGGAAGAACGGCGAGUCUCGAGUGUUUGAUGAAUCUGUCUGCGAAUCAGAACAGGGUGAGCAAAGGCCAGUUGUUCGUCUCAGAGAAGAUAGCGACAGAGCACAUUCCGAAGACUCUGAUGUGGAGAAUCGUGUCGGUUUGCCAACAACUGUGGUGUCUCGACCUUCUUCAUUUAUACGUCCUUUGCCACAUCCAGCAUUAUCACGCCGAAAAUCAGAUCCUGUUGCCAGGUAUCAUGAUUAUCGCCAAUAUUGGUUAACAUUCAAGGUGCCUGGUGAAGACAAUAGGGACAGCUUACGUUGGAACUUGAGGGAGCAACUUUUACGUCCAGAUCCUCUCCCUUACACUCGCCCUCGACGUAUGCCACCCCCAAGCAGCUAUAUUCCUCCCCCAGAAAAGAAGCGCCAAGCUUUACGUUGGGAGACCAGACACAACAUGGCAGCACCACAUUAGAAUAAAAUAAUAGAAACUAAUUCUGAUCAGAU